GCAGCCCAGCUGGUUGGGGCACCCUGGCGCUUCUCUGAGGAAUUUGGCCCCACUAAGAAGCUGGGGGCAGGGUAGGAGAGUGAAGGAUCAGAGUGCAAAAGAGCGGGAGAAACUCGCGGGCAGGCCUUAGGCAUCUGCAGCAGCCUCGGCUGCCCCACCCCCCGGAGAACCUGGAGGAAGAUUGGAGGAGAAGAAGAAGGAGGAGAAGGAGAAGGAGAACGAUGUGGACCCCGCUCCAGAAUUCUGUGGAGGUGGCACUGCGCAGGAAACCUCACCGCCUGUGUGCGGGGACCUUGGGGGUGGCGGCCAGUCUCUUCCUGCUCGGCUUUCUUUUCGGGUGGAUUGCAAAACCUAAUGAAAUUGGUACCCCAAUUUCCCAGAAAAAUAUGAAGAAAAUAUUUCUGGAUGAACUGAAAGCUGAAAACAUCAAAACAUUUUUAUAUAAUUUUACACGGAUCCCACAUCUGGCAGGAACAGAACAAAACUUGGACCUUGCGAAGCAAAUCCAAUUCCAGUGGAAGGAAUUUGGCUUAGACUCAGUUGAACUAACUCACUAUGAUGUCCUCUUAUCCUACCCCAAUGAGACUAAUCCCAACUAUAUCUCUAUCAUUGAUGAAGAUGGAAAUGAGAUAUUCAACACAUCAUUAUUUGAACCCCCUCCUCCAGGAUAUGAACAUGUUCCAGAUGUGGUACCACCUUUUAGUGCUUUCUCGCCACAGGGAAUGCCAGAGGGUGAACUAGUAUAUGUGAAUUAUGCAAGAACCGAAGACUUCUUUAAAUUGGAGCGGGAUUUAGGAAUCAAUUGUUCUGGAAAAAUUGCUAUUGCUAGAUAUGGGAAAAUUUUCAGAGGAAAUAAGGUUAAAAAUGCUCAACUGGCAGGAGCCAAAGGAAUUAUCCUCUAUUCUGAUCCUGCUGAUUAUUCUUCCCCUGGAGUAGAACCUUAUCCAAAGGGUUGGAACCUUCCUGGAGGUGGUGCCCAGCGUGGAAAUGUGCUAAACCUCAAUGGUGCAGGUGACCCUCUUACUCCAGGAUAUCCAGCUAACGAAUAUGCCUAUAGAUAUGGUAUAACUGAGGCUAUUGGUCUUCCAAAAAUUCCUGUUCAUCCAAUUGGAUACAAUGAUGCCCAGAAAUUACUAGAAAAUAUGGGAGGACCAGCACCACCAGACAGCAGCUGGAAGGGAAAGCUUAAAGUGCCUUACAGCAUUGGGCCUGGCUUUACUGGAAACUAUUCUACACGAAAAGUCAAAAUGAAUAUUCACAGCAACAAUAAAAUAACAAGGAUUUACAAUGUGAUUGGAACUCUAAGAGGAACAGUGGAACCAGACAGGUAUGUAAUUCUGGGAGGUCAUCGUGACUCAUGGGUGUUUGGUGGCAUUGAUCCUCAGAGUGGAGCUGCUGUAGUACAUGAGAUUGUGAGGAGUUAUGGAAAACUGAAAAGGGAAGGAUGGAGGCCAAGAAGAACAAUGAUAUUUGCAAGCUGGGAUGCUGAAGAAUUUGGUUUAUUGGGAUCUACUGAGUGGGCUGAGGAAAAUUCUAAAAUACUUCUAGAACGUGGAGUGGCCUAUAUUAAUGCAGAUUCUUCUGUUGAAGGAAACUACACUUUGAGAAUUGAUUGUACACCACUAAUGUACAAACUGGUCUACAGUCUAACAAAAGAGCUUCAAAGUCCUGAUGAGGGUUUUGAAGACAAAUCAUUAUAUGAGAGCUGGAAGCAAAAAAAUCCUUCAACAGAAUUCAGUGGCCUACCCAGGAUUAACAAACUGGGAUCUGGCAAUGACUUUGAAGUCUUUUUUCACAGACUUGGUAUUCCUUCAGGCCGAGCUCGUUACACUAAAAACUGGAAAACUGACAGAUACAGCAGCUAUCCAGUAUAUCACAGUGUCUAUGAAACUUAUGAAAUAGUAGAAAAAUUUUAUGACCCCACUUUUAAGAAUCACCUCACAGUAGCUCAGGUCCGAGGAGGCAUCAUUUUUGAACUGGCCAACUCCAUCAUUCUCCCUUUGGACUGUCAAGACUAUGCCAAAGUUUUACAAAAAUAUGUUAAUAGCAUUUAUGAGCUGGCUCAGAAACAUUCAGAAAAGCUGCAAGAGUACAACGUAUCCUUUGAACCACUUUUCUCAGCAGUGAAGAAUUUUACUGAAACGACUACUAACUUCAGCACAAGACUGCAAAACUUAGACACAAACAACCCUGUGUCAGUGAGAAUUAUCAAUGAUCAACUAAUGUUUUUGGAAAGAGCUUUUAUUGAUCCUCUUGGAUUACCUGGAAGCCCAUUCUAUAGGCACAUCAUCUUUGCUCCAAGUAGCCAUAAUAAAUAUGCUGGAGAGGCAUUCCCAGGAAUUUACGAUGCUCUCUUUGAUAUUGAAAACAAAGAAGAUCCUUCAAAGGCCUGGGCAGAAGUCAAGAAGCAGAUUUCUAUUGCAGUCUUUACAGUACAAGCUGCAGCAGGCUCUCUGAAGGAAGUUGCAUGACAGCCAGCACAUGGGAUAGCAUGUAAAAGCUGAGCAUCUUUCAGAAAAUGCUUGAAAGCAAAAUGGAUGUCCACUCUUUGGGACAUAUCUCAACAAACUGGUAUUGGCACAUAACAGAAUAUUAGUGUGCCAUAAGAAGUGAUGACUAUGAAGAACUCAAUGAACCAUGGGAAGAUUUGUAUGAAUUCAUGCAGUGGAGAAAGAUCAGAAGAACAGUACCUACAGUGGUUGUAAUAAUUUAAAUGAAAAGAAUACUAAAUGGAAGCCAAAUUCUGAGUAAUUGUAAUUAGCACUCUUGAUUCCAAAGAAUAGGUAAAGAAACAUACCUUUCUUUAUCCUGCCAGGUAGGAGCAGAACACUGAAUAUACUCCCAAAUGUAAUCUCUAAACUGGUUGUUUUUACUUAACUAUUUUCUUUAAGAGGAAGGUUCAGUAAUGGGAGAUGGAAGAGAAGCAAAAGAAUAUAUAUACCAGGAAUGAUGGUCAUAUAGAAGGUAUCAAUAACUUUUCUUUAAGAGGUUCAGGAAUGAUUGGGAGAAGAGAGGCAAGGGAACUUUUAUCAGAAAAUAACAGUCAUGCAAAAAACACAAGAGAUAUCAAUAAAAAAAAUUUUUAAGGUGCUACAUUUUAUCAUAAAGUGGUUAGAGUUAACUCUUUUCUGUGAGAAUUCAGUUAAAUCAUUUAUUGAUUGUCUUCCUUUUUAAGAGUCUCAAAACAUCUAUUAUUAUCUAAGAACAUUUGGAAAUUUAUCUCAAUUUCAAGAUAGCAUUUUGAGGAAUAUUCAAACAUGGACAACUCUUAACUGGCACAGAAUAUUGUAGUAAAUCAAAAUUUAUGACUAAUAAAAAAUAAUUAGAAUACAAAAGGAUAUAUAUAUAUAUAUAAAGAAAGAGGGGGCAACUAGGUGGUUCAG